AUGUCCGAGGAACACAAAAAAGAACAAGAACAACCAAAAGAUGAAACUACGGACCAAGUACACAAACAAGAACGAUCAAAAGAUGAAACUACGGACCAAGAACACAAACCAGAACAAUCAAAAGAUGAAACUACGAACCGAGAACACAAACCAGAACAAUCAAAAGAUGAAACUACGAACCAAGAACACAAACCCGAACAAUCAAAAGAUGAAACUACGGACCAAGAAAAAACAAGCGUCGGCGGACCCAUUGACCCUGAUACCGGUGAAAUAGACUGGGAUUGUCCUUGUCUUGGAGGUAUGACUAAUGGUCCAUGCGGUGAACAGUUCAAAGCCGCAUUCUCUUGUUUUGUAUAUUCAACUGUUGAGCCAAAAGGAUCCGACUGUUUGGAAGCAUUUAAAGAAAUGCAAUCUUGUUUCCGAACUUAUCCGGAAUUCUAUGGUGAAGAGUUGGAAGAUGAUGAAGAAAAGGAAUGA